AACACUCUGUCAGCUUUCCCAGAAAAGAGAACCUAUAGUCUCUUAGAGCUGCCCACCACCACCACCAUCUUCCUUUCUCUCUUUCUCUCUGCUUCUUUCAUGGCGCUUCUGAAACUUUUCUCUCUCUACAUUUUCUUCUUCUUGCUCCUCUUCUUCUUCACUGAAGGCACCACACUCGGUGAGUCUGCUUCUUUGUCUUCUGCUUCUUCAGAUGUUGAGCUUCUCUGGGGAAAGAUCAGAGCUUCACUGCAAGGUAACACUGACAACCUUUUGCUAUCUUCAUGGAAUUCUUCUUUGCCUUUGUGCCAAUGGAGGGGGCUCAAAUGGGUCUUCUCCAAUGGCUCCCCUUUGCUCUGCAGUGACGUCUCUUCCCCACAAUGGAACAACCUCUCUCUCUACAAAGACCCUUCUCUGCACCUUCUCUCUCUUCAGCUUCCCUCUGCCAAUCUCACUGGUUCACUCCCCAGAGAGCUGGGUGAGUUUUCUAUGCUACAAAGUCUCUACCUUGACGUCAAUUCACUGAGCGGAACUAUCCCUCUUGAGCUAGGCUAUAGCUCUUCACUCUCUGACAUUGAUUUGGGUAACAACUUGUUGAGUGGUGCUUUAGCACCAUCUAUCUGGAACUUGUGUGAUAGACUUGUUUCUCUUAGGCUUCAUUGUAAUUCACUAUCUGGGUCAGUCCCAGAACCUGCACUGCCUAACUCUACUUGCAAGAAUUUACAGGUUUUAGAUUUGGGCAACAACAAGCUUUCUGGGAAUUUUCCGGAAUUCAUUACCCAGUUACAUGGGCUUAAAGAGCUUGAUCUUGGGGGUAAUGUGUUUUCGGGUUCAAUUCCGCAGAGUUUAACUGGACUGACCCUUGAUAAAUUGAAUCUUUCACACAAUAACUUCAGUGGGGUUUUGCCUGUUUUUGGAGAAUCAAAGUAUGGUGUGGAGGCUUUCGAGGGAAACAAUCCAGGGCUUUGUGGGUUACCUUUGAAAAGUUGUAGUGGAAGUUCUGGAUUGAGCCCGGGUGCAAUUGCCGGCAUUGUGAUUGGUUUAAUGGCUGGAGCAGUGAUUUUGGCUUCUGUGUUAAUUGGGUAUGUGCAAAAUAAGAAGAAGAAGAAUAGGGGGGAGAGUGAAGAUGAGUUUGAGGAAGGGGAAGAUGAUGAAAACGUUGGUGUUGGUGUUGGUGUGGGUGUUGGGGGUGGUGGUGGAGGUGGUGAAGGGAAGCUUAUUUUGUUUCAAGGCGGCGAGCAUUUGACGUUAGAGGAUGUGUUGAAUGCGACCGGACAAGUUAUGGAGAAGACGAACUAUGGGACUGUUUAUAAGGCGAAGCUUGCUGAUGGAGGGGCCAUUGCUUUGAGGUUGUUAAGGGAAGGUAGUUGCAAGGAUGGGAGUUCAUGUUUACCAGUGAUAAAGCAAUUGGGAAAGAUUCGCCAUGAGAAUUUGAUUCCAUUGAGAGCUUUCUAUCAGGGGAAGAGAGGGGAAAAGCUUCUCAUUUAUGAUUAUCUCCCUCACAGAACCCUCUAUGAUCUUUUACACGAGACUAGAGUUGGAAAACCAGUGCUGAACUGGGCUCGAAGACACAAGAUUGCUUUGGGUAUAGCCAGAGGACUAGCAUAUCUUCAUACUGGUCUUGAGGUACCUAUUACUCAUGGAAAUGUGAGAUCCAAAAAUGUGCACAUAGAUGAGUUUUUCCUAGCCAGGUUCACUGAGUUUGGGCUUGACAAGCUGAUGAUCCCAGCCGUGGCUGAUGAAAUUGUGGCACUUGCAAAGACUGAUGGUUACAAAGCACCAGAGCUUCAAAAGAUGAAGAAGUGCAACUCCAGGACAGAUGUCUAUGCAUUUGGGAUAUUGCUGUUGGAAAUUUUGAUAGGAAAGAAACCUGGGAAAAAUGGGAGAAAUGGGGAAUUUGUUGAUUUGCCUUCAAUGGUGAAAGUGGCAGUUUUGGAGGAGACAACAAUGGAGGUUUUUGAUGUGGAGGUCUUGAAGGGGAUAAGGAGUCCCAUGGAAGAGGGAUUGGUUCAUGCAUUGAAGCUUGCAAUGGGUUGCUGUGCUCCAGUGGCUUCAGUUAGACCCACAAUGGAUGAGGUGGUGAAGCAAUUGGAGGAGAAUCGACCAAGGAACAGGUCUGCUUUGUACAGCCCUACAGAAACAAGGAGUGAAAUUGGUACACCAUUUUGAGCUUUCUUUUUCCUUUGUGUUCAUCUAAUUACCAGUUCCAGUUAUGCUAUAUUGUGUAUCUGAUCCUCAUUAAGAAAUGUAAUUGUAGUGUAUGGUGCUAAUGUUUUUGGUAAGGAGUUUUUAUAUUUCUAGGAAUUUGAAUUGUGUAAUUUAUGACAAU